UACAACUCUCUCUCUCUCUCUCUCUCUCUCUCUCUUCCAAGUGCUUUGUCAUGGAAGUGAAAAUCACAUUUUUGCUUGCUGCUUCGUUCUUAUUACUCACUAGUCCUGAUUUUACAGCUACAGUUUUGGGAGAGGAAUUCUCAUAUUACAAGUUGGCACUCCAAUGGCCAAAUUCUGUAUGCAAUGUCGGUGUUCCUUGUUCAAAGAAACCCGAUGAGAUUAAAACGGACUAUCAAAGAUUUUUAAUACACGGACUGUGGCCUUUCUGGCCAAAUAAUUCUGCGCUAGCUCCUUGUCCGGGAAAUGAAUUGACAAGUAGCCAGGUGAAAGGUAUAAAAGAUUCGCUAAAAAAGUAUUGGCCAAACCUUCUUCGCCCAGAUGACUUUAGCUUCUGGAAGUACGAGUGGGCGACACAUGGUAGAUGCCUUGGUCUAGAGCCAUCCGUGUACUUCAAGGAUGCAAUUGAACUUAGAACACGCUUUAACGAUUAUAGUGGUUUAGAUGAACAAGGUUGUCGACCGAGCCCCAAUCCACACAAGCGGAUAACUAUCUACAAUUGAAAUGCAACAUGAGAAACGGUGGUUAUCAGCUGCUUGAGGUUUAUAUUUGCUUUGACCGUCAAAAGAAGGUUCGUGAUUGUCCAUUUCAGUACAUCCAAUGCGGUAACGAUGAUCAAGUAUCAGUUCUUUUCCCCACCAGCAAUACUGUGCGCCCAAUUAAUGGAACAUAAGAAAUAUCCUGCAUGUUAGUGGAUGACAAGUAGAAAUAGAGGAUUGUUUUCUCAUUUUUCAUGCUGAUCCAAAACUUCUGUAACACGCUGAACGCACAGACGGAAGGGUCUGGAAGUCUUCUAAGAGUGAAGUACGAAGCGCUGGAGAAGUACAAAGACAGACCCGAGAGCUUGAUCUAAGCUGAUUUAUGAACAACUGCAGAUUUUCUUGUUGAUUUUUCUGUUUUGCUGUUUGUGUGCUUCAAUUACAACUGUUGUGGUGGCUGAGAUACCCUUUUGAGUGGUCUAAAACAGGGUAAAUCAGUGACUAAGGUGGUGAGAGUUGAGAAGAAGGAAGAUUGAAUAUUUUCCUUACUGCUACAACAAGAUUUUCUGCACUGGUUUGGGAGUGUGCAUGUUGAUCUAUUGCUGUUUGUAUAUUUCUGUUUUCUUCAAUAACACAGUGGUUUAAGGUUAA